AUGGAUGAGAAGUACGACGCCGUCAUUCUCGGCACCGGUGUGACCGAGUGCGUGCUUUCCGCACUCUUGUCCGUCGAUGGCAAGAAGGUCCUGCACAUCGACCGUGGCGAGGUUUAUGGUGGUGAGAUGGCCUCGCUCAACCUCACGCAGCUCUACCAAAAGUUCCGUCCCGGCGCUGAACCUCCCAAGGACUGGGGCCGUGACCGCGACUGGGCAGUUGAUCUCAUCCCCAAACUUAUCAUGGCCAACGGUGAGCUCACGCAGAUGCUCGUUCACACCGAUGUCACUCGGUACCUCGAGUUCAAGCAGAUCGCUGCCUCGUACGUUUACCGAGAUGGCAAGAUUGCCAAGGUGCCUGCCACCGAGAUGGAAGCCGUCCGCUCUUCGCUCAUGGGCCUCUUUGAGAAGCGUCGAGCAAAGAAGUUCUUCGAGUUCAUCCAGAACUGGCGCGACGAGGAUCCCGCCACCCACCAGACCCUCGACCUCGACUCGGACCCAAUGGUCAAGGUCUUUGACUACUUUGGUCUUGAGCCCGGCACCAAAGACUUCAUCGGCCAUUCCAUGGCACUCCACCUCGACGACUCGUAUCUCCAGCGUCCUGCUCGUGAGACGUACGACCGCAUCAUCCUAUACACCUCGUCCAUGGCACGCUACGGAAAAUCGCCCUACAUCUACCCUCUCUACGGUCUUGGUGAGCUUCCCCAGGCGUUUGCGCGUCUCUCGGCCAUCUACGGCGGCACCUAUAUGCUCGACAAGCCCGUCGAUGAGAUCGUAGUCGACGAGGAGACCGGCAAGUUUAUCGGCGUCCGCAGCGGUGAUGAGACCGUCAAAGCCGAUAUUGUGAUCGGCGAUCCUAGCUACUUCCGCAACGGUGUCGCUGGCAAGGACAAGGUACGCGAGACAGGCAAGGUGGUGCGUGCCAUCUGCAUCCUCAAGCACCCCAUCCCCAACACGGACAACUCGGACUCUGUGCAGCUCAUCAUUCCUCAAAACCAGGUGGGCCGAAAGCACGACAUUUACAUCUCCGAGGUCUCGAGCGCGCAAAACAUUGCAGCUCGCGACUUUUACGUCGCACAGGUCUCCACCAUUGUCGAGACGGACAAGCCGGAACUCGAGCUGCGACCAGGUCUCGACUUGCUCGGUCCCAUUCUCGACAAAUUUGUCGCCAUCAGCCCCAUCGAAGAGCCAAUCGACGGCGGUAUGGAAGACAACAUCUUCAUCACACGCUCGUAUGAUGCCACUUCGCAUUUUGAGACCGUCGUCGAGGAUGUCCACGACGUCUGGAGGCGUUUGACCAACGGCCAGAAGCUCGUACUCAAGAAGCGUGACGACUCGGACGGCGCCCAGGUACAAGCUUAG